AUGGAGAGCCCAGACCUACCCCUCCACCACACAAGCAGACACCUCCAGCAGGUGUUCCUCCGGAGUACACUAUUCCCACCCAACACUACUACUACCAGUUUAAGGGACUCUCCUCGUUGCGAUAAGAUCAGUUAUGAUUAUGAGAUUAUCCCGGCUGUCGUUUGCUCCAUGUGUUUUCUUUUUGGAAUUGUCUACACAUUUUUUGGUUAUCGUUUCUUCAAGGCUGUGAUGUUUCUCACUGGAUUCAUUUUUGGCACUGUUCUAGUCUAUAUAAUCUGCUUCGAAGAAGAUAUUCUGCCGCCAGAAGCCAAUGCUGGCAUUGCCAUAGCUGCUGGAAUCAUUUGUGGACUUAUAACCAUGCUUGUACAAUAUGUUGGGCUCUUCCUAACUGGCUUUCACCUCGGCAUUGGACUUUCCACAGGUGUUCUGGUCACUGUUGAUCAAUUUUACAACAUCACAAACAAAUGGAUCCCUAUUGGAGUUCUCAUUGGGGUAGGGAUUCUGUUUGCCUUGCUAAUUUUGAAAUUCCAGAAAGCUGGAACAAUUCUGGGAACAAGUAUAUUUGGUGCUGCCCUCAUGGUUACCUGCCUGGACUACUUCAUCGAAAAGUUUCUGAUUAUUAACUAUGUUUGGGAAAGCAUCAAGGUGACCGAUUCAAUGCCUCCCUGUUGGUACAGUUGGCUGGUGAUUGCUUGCUGGCCUUUCUGUUUUAUUGUUGGGACAUUCACCCAGUGGAGAAUUACUGGACAAGGCUUUGACCACCAUGAACGGACAUUAGUGAACAAUGUGUCAGCUGCCAAAUAUCGUUCUCCAAGUGCUGAAGAGGUUGAUGUUUUACACAACAAACGAGUCCGCAAAGUGAAUUUGCAACGAAUCCGAGCCAAGCAAAGACGUGAUCAACAGCAUUCUCGCUACCGACACCUGUACCAGGUGCGCAGAUUUAACGGGGAUGUGAUUUCUCAGGUAAGUUUCUUUUUAGCUUUUCUCAACCGAAGAGAUCAUCAUUCAAUCAGUAAUCAAAGUUGA